GAAGUCAAACUUCAGAGCCGGAAGUCCGGCUUCGCAGCAGCCAUCCCUAAGACCGCCGGGCCGUUGUGGCCGUUUUGGUGGCUCUGCGCCCAGGACUCCGGAUGGAGGCGGCACGGGAUCCCGGCCCCGGGCUGUGCUGCAAACCCGGCGGGCGUCUGGACAUGAGCCACGGCUUCGUGCACCACAUCCGCCGGAACCAGAUCGCUCGGGACGACUACGACAAGAAGGUGAAGCAGGCGGCCAAGGAGAAAGCGAGGAGGCGCCACACGCCCGCGCCCACGCGGCCCCGCAAGCCCGACCUGCAGGUGUACCUGCCGCGCCACCGAGAUGUCUCUAUCUACCCAGUCAACCCAGACUGUGAGGAGUCGGGGGAAAGCAGCAGUAGUGGCAGCUCUGAGCUGGAACCUUCUGGCCGCCAGCUCUUCUGCUUAGAAUAUGAGGCGGACAGUGGAGAGAUCACAUCAGUUAUUGUCUAUCAGGAUGAUGACCCAGGACGGGUGAGUGAGGAGGUCUCAGCACACACACCUCUGGAUCCACCCAUGCGAGAGGCCCUCAAAUUACGUAUCCAGGAGGAGAUUGCAAAGCGCCAGAGCCAACCAAAUUGAAGCCUUUUAUGCAGGAUUCACUGCACUUGGAAGAAUUCUGCCCAGUGAGCUCACCUCUAGUUUGGGGAUGCCAGGACCAGUCUAUGUGAUCAGGGAAUCCCCCCUCCUCCCCAAGCUGAUACAUCCACAAUGGUGUUACAGAAUAUCUGGCCUACCUCCCAACAGCCAUUCUUUCUUGUAUAUUAGUCUAUUUGCCUAGCCUAACAUUCUGGAACAUUAUGAGAACUUUGGCUAACUCUGUUCUUGGAGCAGAGACUUGAGGGAGAUCCAAGGUUUAUGAAGCCUUUUGCCCACAUGCUGCUAUCUUGCUGAGGCCCUCUGGCCUGCUGCUCUGUGAGCCAUGUUUGUUAUUUUGUGGUUCGUUCUUUCAUGUUUCUGCUCACUUCUACCGGAGAUUUCCCUAGACCUUUUCUUGGUUCUCACCCCCCCCCCCAAUAUCUUUUUGUCUUAGGUGGAAUCCAUCCCCCUGCCCUCCAAACAUGACUGUUUCUCCACUACUCAGGAAUUUGGAAAUGGGGGUUCUGGGAGUCUGCCUUUCUAAAUAAGUUCUCCGAGUAAUUCUGAUGCCAAUAAAACAGGAGAACUUUGUUUUUGACUUGGAAGCAUGUCUCCUUUCCCUUUCUUGGCUUUUCCAAGUUACUCACAUGCCCCACUGCUUUGCACUGUCUAGACAGGAGACCUAGGAAAAAGAUGCUGAACUAAGCUAUAAGCAAAACCUGUUUUGGCUAAGCCUACCAAAUUAAUCCCUAUCUGUGAACAGACUGCCCUCUGCUCAGACUAGAGGGGAAUUUUCAAAACAAACUUGAAACUGACUCUUCCUUCAAUGAUGGUUCAUCAGUCUUGGACUAUUAAAGUUGGGAAAGUCAACAAUA